AUGUCGUCUCCUGCGGUUCCUAGCCGUCGGUCCCGUGAGAAUGAAGACGAUACUGACGACUCCGAGUCGAGCGCCCGCUCUUUCCCGGACCCAAGCAACAAGCGCCCUCGUCUCAGCGGGGUUGAAGAUGAGGAGAGAAGUGAUGAAACUGGAAAUGACAGCAACGACAGUCAAGACGAGGGCACUCAAGUUGGUACACAGCGAAGGACAUUACAAUCUGGGGUCGGGCCCAGUGGCUACAAGGCCGGUGCGAUCGUGCGGAUCAAAAUGUCGAACUUUGUGACCUACACGUCUGCUGAGUUCUUUCCUGGCCCGAAAUUGAACAUGGUCAUUGGGCCGAACGGAACUGGGAAAAGUACACUUGUUUGCGCUAUCUGUUUAGGACUUGGAUGGGGGCCUGUGCAUCUCGGACGCGCGAAAGACCUUGGUGAAUUUGUCAAGCAUGGCGCCAGUGAGGCGAUGAUCGAAAUCGAACUUGCAGGCCCCCCAUUAUUCAGCCAAAACCGAAUCAUACGCCGAAUCAUCAAACGCGAUGGCAACAAGAGCAGCUUCUUCCUGGAUGGUGAAUCUAGUAACCAAAAAAGCGUCAGAAAGCUCGCAGGAGACUUUGCAAUUCAAGUCGACAAUCUCUGCCAGUUUCUCCCCCAGGACAAAGUGGCAGAGUUUGCUGCUCUCACACCUGUUGAACUGCUUCAUUCCACCCAACGCGCAGCAGCCAAAAAAGAGGUUGUGGAUUGGCAUGAGGCGCUAAAGUCGCUGCGAGCUGAGCAGAAGAAACUUCAGAUUGACAAUGGAGCAGACCAGGAGGUGUUGAAGAAUCUUGAAAACCGUCAGGAAAUGCAACGAGCAGAUGUAGAGCGAAUGCGUCAGAGAGCUGAGGUCAAACGCAAACUCGAACUUUUGGAGAUUUACCGCCCAUUCGUCGAAUAUCGAGAUCAAUUGAAGGCCCACGAAAUCCUCAAGGCCAAAAAGCUCCAGCUUCAAGAGGAACACGCACAGCUCAAACGAGACCUCGAACCGGCAAUGCAAUCUGUCACGGCUAAGCAAAGCUACAGUGAGCGGAUCAAGGAAGUGAGGGAUCGUCGCAAACAUCAGGUUGAACAACUUCACAAUGCAGCAGUGGCCAGUGGACGCAAGAUCGACGAGUUACAGUCAGAAAUCAAGGACCUUGAAGGUCAGAUUGAGGCUGAAAGAAAAACCGGUACGAAACACAGGACUGAAGCGACUGUUGCCCAGCAAACCAUCAACCGAUUGCAGCGCCAACAGGAAGAGGAGGCGGUGGAAUUUGAUCCGGAAUAUUACAACGAACAGUUGAGAGUGAAACGACUCGAGAAACGCGAACUCGAAAUGAAGGGCAAAGAGAUCAAGGACAGACGGGCCCCUCUGCUCGCCAGAGGCCAUGAACUCAAAGAACUGAUCAACGAAGAAGAACGACGACUGGAAAGCUUAGAUUCUCAAUCUGGCCGACAGGAAGCGAAGUUGCAGAAGCUGUCUGCAGACUCUUACAAAGCCUAUCAGUGGAUGGUCGACAACCAAGACAAGUUUGAGAAUGAAGUUUUUGGCCCACCUCUCAUCACCUGCUCCGUCACUGAUCCCAAAUAUGCCAAUGCUGUCGAGUCACUGUUACAGAAAACGGAUUUCACGGCCUUUACUGCUCAGAACAGAAAUGAUUUCCGCACCAUGCAGAGAAUCUUCAUCAGGGAAAUGGGACUUCACGAUAUCACGCUCAAAACCUCCUCCGCGCCACUAAGCUCUAUGAAAGCACCUGUAUCGAACGAAGAGCUUCGGCGGCUUGGCUUUGAUGGAUGGGCUAAAGAUUUUAUCACUGGCCCGGAGCCAGUCAUUGCUUCACUCUGCUCCGAGAAUCGGUUACAUCAAACACCUGUCAGCCUACGAGAUAUCUCUGAAGAAGCGUAUAAUUCACUGGAGAACGCGGAAGACUCACCAAUCGGUUCUUGGGUGUCAGGGGAGCACAGCUAUCAGGUCACUCGACGACGCGAAUACAAGGCAAAGUCAACCCGAGUCCGUCAAGUCAAGACCGCGCAGGCCUGGACGUCACAGCCCGUAGAUGCCUAUGUCAAGCAACAGCACCGCGAAGCCAUUCAGACAUAUAACCGAGAAUUCAGUGAGCUACAGGAGGAGGCAAAUGCGGAGAAGGAGAAAACCAGGGAUUUACUGAGUGCGCUUCGGCGCUUGGAGGACGAAAUGGAGGAGAUUGAUAAAGAGAAACAAGAGAAACAACAUGCGCAUACGCAAUGGCGGGCUAUUCCCGAGAGAAUUGGAGCUCUUUUUGGAAGUCAGGAACGUGUUUCUCAAAUUCGGGAGGAACAAAUUGAGGUUUCUAUCAAAAAGGCAGAAGCCACCAUUGAAUAUGCUGGUGCCGUUGAGCAGCUUCGCCAGGCCUACGAAGAGCUUCUGAAGGUGGAAGUUCAACAUUUGGAAGCCUCCUCUGACCUACAAACCCUGAGAAAAAAGCACCAUGCAUUCGCUGUGAUGCUCGAGAAAAAGACAGCAGAGGUGGCGAAAGCAAUAGAGGCCGUCAAAGCAAACAGGACAAAAGGACGAGCGCUUGGGGCUCUGGCUAAGAAAGUGAUCGAGGAUCACCAGGGAGACCCCGAUGCUGAAGAGGUACACAAUAUGCUCAGCGAGCCAGAGAAUUUGAAGAGCGAGAGAAAACAAAUCAAGAAGCUCCAAGACAAGCUGGCCGAUUUCCAAACGAAGCUGGCGGACUAUCAAACCAGUAUCGAUGAGGUUCGAUCUCUCUGGGAGCCCAAAUUGGACGCUCUCAUCGCCAAGAUCAGUGAUGCCUUUUCAGACUCUUUCAAACGCAUAGGAUGUGCUGGGCAGGUGAGCCUAGACAAGGUAGAAGACGAGCCUGGGCCCAAUGGUGAGCCUGGCGGAAGCGACUUCGAGAAGUGGUCGAUUCAAAUUUACGUCAAGUUCCGAGAACACGAGAGUAUGUCACUACUGGAUUCACAUCGCCAGUCCGGUGGCGAACGUGCGGUCAGUACCAUCUUCUACCUGAUGGCACUGCAGUCGCUCUCAGCGUCGCCCUUCCGCGUCGUCGACGAGAUCAACCAGGGUAUGGACCCACGUAACGAAAGAAUGGUUCACGGUCGCCUGGUAGACAUUGCCUGCGCUUCGAGCGAAGAGGAGGAUACAGAUGACAAUGGCAACCCCAUCGGCGGCGGCGGUGGUGGGCAGUACUUCCUCAUCACGCCGAAGCUGCUGAGUGGACUGGUCUACAAGCCUGGCAUGAAAGUGCUCUGUAUCUACAGUGGCGAACAUAUGCCGGAGGACUACGCGAAGCUGGACUUCAGACUAGCCAUCCGCAAGAUGAGGGAUAUCAGAGCAAAGAAUGGAGAUAAUAGCAAGGGCAGAGGCAAGGGCAAAGGGCGAGCGAUGGGGAGCAGCAAUACCGUGGGAGUCUACGCUUAA